AUGACCCAUUUCAAGAUUUUUUGCGUCACUUUGAGCCUGAUUGCAUUGGUUCACUGUGAGCCGCCAGUGCAAGGAUACCACUAUGAACCAAACAACUAUCAUUCGAAUACAUUUAACACGCCUAGUAGCAGUUAUUUGCCAUCGAAAACAAGUUUAAAUUUACCCAGCAGUUACCUGCCGCCGAACUCUUUCACUGGAAAUGGUCACAAUUAUGACCAUAGGCAGAGUAAUAAUCAUAAUUAUGACAAUCACCAUAGCCACCAUCAUGGAAAUGAGAAUGAAGUGCCGAAGUCUUAUGAGUUUGGUUAUUCAGUGAAGGAUGCUAAGUCUGGUAAUGAUUACGAUCGUCGAGAGAUGUCGGAUGGCAAUGUAGUGCAAGGUGAAUAUAGAGUGCAGCUGCCAGACGGACGAACACAAAUCGUGACUUAUCACGCGGACUGGCAGACUGGUUUUCAUGCGAAUGUAAGGUAUGAAGGAAAGGCAAGUUAUCCUGAACCCAGCAAUCAAGGUUAUAACUACAACACACCGGAUUAUUCCGGCUCAUUAACCGGUUUUCAAGGUAAUUCCGGCUAUAAGCCCGUGUACGGACCUCCUGGAUAUCAUUGAACUGAUUUUGAUAAGGUUUUCAGUGGCAGUGGGUAUUUUAAUCCACUGUUAAAUUAAUUA